UGAUUAUUUAUACUAGUACAUAAUAAUAAAGAGUCCUAAAACAAAGCAAAAAAGCAAAGUCAUCAUUUACUCAACCUUCAUUCUUUAUCUUUUUUUCUCUCUAUUGACGAUCAUUCUUAUCACAAAAAACAAAGGAAUAUGGCUAAGAGCUCAUUCAAGCAAGAGCAUGAUCUUGAGAAGAGAUGUGCUGAGGCUGCUAGGAUCAGGGAAAAAUACUCGGAUAGGAUUCCGGUGAUAGUUGAAAAGGCUGAAAAAAGUGAUAUUCCCAACAUCGAUAAGAAAAAGUAUCUUGUGCCAGCUGACUUGACAGUUGGGCAAUUUGUUUAUGUCAUUCGCAAAAGAAUCAAAUUGAGUGCAGAAAAGGCAAUUUUCAUAUUUAUUGACAAUGUCCUACCGCCAACAGGGGCAAUCAUGUCUGCAAUUUAUGAUGAGAAAAAGGAUGAGGAUGGAUUCCUCUACGUUACCUACAGUGGAGAAAACACAUUCGGGGACCUGGACGAGCUGUAGCUUUCACGCCAGUGACAUUCGUUCAUUGCUUAAAUUUCCCUUGUUUAUUGUCCCGUCACACUUCUCGGUCGUUCUUUUAAUAUCUUCUCUCGUUCCUCCCUCUUAUCGGGGUUUUAUUGGCAAAAAUCAUGUAUAGCAUAUAUUUACGUAUAGUUCAAAAAGACAAGUGUUCCAGUCUUGUGGAAUAUGAUGUUAAUAAUCAUCUGGAUUCAAUCUCCGUAAAAA